ACCUCGYACAGAGAAUCAGAUCCGACGGCUUCCUAAGAUUCCGAACGAUGAACAAUACAACAGUCAAUGCUACACAGACACCAAGCGUCAACCCAAACAACUGCAAUACUAUUCCAUGCCUUUUCACUACUGCUGAGCUUGUCGUGAUAGCAAUAUGCUCGUUCGCCGUUAUCCUGGUUGCUAUUGUUGCAAAUACAUGCACAGGAAUUGUGUUGAUAGCGUCCAAAAAUCUCAGGAACAUUUCCAGCAUUUCRAUCAUAAGCCUUACACUGGCAGAUCUUCUUCUGUCCAUCUUUGUAGCACCAUUUUUGAUCAUAUCUGUCUUCUUUGUCAAUGUCUGGGUGUUCGGAGCUGUAAUGUGCAAACUGUACGUGUUCAUUCAGCGCGUAGCAGUGAGUGCUAUUCUCCUUAACCUUCUUGUUGUGUCCUUGGAAAGGUUCUUGGCGGUAUGUUUUCCUUUCUUCCUGCGCAUGCGUCAGAAGCUCUUCUUGUAUGCUAUCAUCUUGGUUUGGAUCGUUGCCGUUGCCAUGUCAACCCCGGACUUAUUUUACAUGCGUCUGUUUAUGCUGAAAGACGGCGGUGAGGGGUGUUUCAGUGAGCAAUCUGUGCAGUCCGCGUUGUUCCAAUCUUUUCACGAGAU